AUGGCACCCGUCGCCAUCGCAGCUGAGACACAUGCCCCCGUCUUCAACAAGAAGCGGGAUGGCCACGCUCUUGAGGAGCUCUCCGACGCCAUCGAUGAGGUUAACAUCCUCAAGGCCAACAUGAAGCAGGAAGAGAAGGGUCUGUAUGAGGAGUCCGAGUUCGACAAAAACAAGGACAAGACUGCCUUCCGCCAGUAUGAAGACGCUUGCGACCGCGUCAAGAACUUCUACAGGGAGCAGCACACCAAGCAGACCGUCGCCUACAACCUCAAGGCCCGCCACGAGUUCCACAGCAAGACCCGCGCCGAGCUGACUGUCUGGGAGGCCAUGGAGAAGCUGAACACCCUCAUCGACGAGUCUGACCCCGACACCAGCCUCUCCCAGAUCGAGCAUUUGCUGCAGUCCGCCGAGGCCAUCCGCCGCGACGGCAAGCCCCGCUGGAUGCAGCUGACUGGUCUGAUCCAUGACCUGGGCAAGCUGCUGUUCUUCUUCGACGCCCAGGGCCAGUGGGACGUGGUGGGCGACACCUUCCCCGUGGGCUGCGGCUUCGACGAGCGCAUCAUCUACGGCCGUGAGUCGUUCAAGGACAACGAGGACUUCGAGCACCCUGUCUACGACACCAAGUUCGGCAUUUACAGCCCCGGUUGUGGCCUGGACAAGGUCAUGCUCUCCUGGGGCCACGACGAGUACCUCUACCACAUCGCCAAGGAGCAGUCUACCCUGCCCGACGAGGCCCUCGCUAUGAUCCGCUACCACUCCUUCUACCCCUGGCAUAACGCUGGCGCCUACCAUGAGUUGAUGAACGAUCAUGACAAGGAGAUGCUCCGCGCGGUCAAGGCGUUCAACCCCUACGAUUUGUACAGCAAAAGCGAUGGUAUCCCUAGUGCUGAGGAGCUGAAGCCUUACUACAUGGAGCUCAUUAAUGAGUACUUCCCCAACAAGGUUAUCCGCUGGUAA